AACUGAUCACUGACAUUAAUCACGACUCUAAGCACCGGGGAGAUGUUUAAUUAGAUUAGUUUUUGUUUUUAAUAAAAUAUAUAUGAAAAAAUGAUUGCAAAAUAUAGUAUUUUACUACCAACUUACAAUGAAAAAGAUAAUUUGCCAAUAAUAAUAUGGCUAAUCACGAAAUAUAUGAGUGAAAGCGGCUUCGAUUAUGAAGUUCUAAUCAUCGAUGACGGAAGUCCCGAUGGCACUUUAGAUGUAGCAAAAGAUUUACAAAAAAUAUAUGGUGACGAUAAAAUUGUGUUGCUGCCGCGAGCUAAGAAAUUGGGCUUAGGCACUGCCUACAUACACGGUAUCAAACACGCCAAAGGACAUUACGUUAUAAUUAUGGACGCAGAUUUAAGCCAUCACCCAAAAUUCAUACCGGAAUUUAUAAAACUGCAGCGUACAAAAGACUACGAUAUUGUGUCAGGCACUCGUUAUUUGGGUUCAGGUGGUGUAUAUGGUUGGGACUUUAAACGUAAGCUUAUAUCGCGCGGUGCAAAUUUUUUAUCACAAGUGUUACUUCGUCCGAAUGCUUCGGAUCUUACCGGAUCGUUUAGACUUUAUAAGAAAAGCGUUUUAGAGAAAUGCAUAUCAAGUUGUGUGUCUAAAGGUUAUGUCUUCCAAAUGGAAAUGUUAGUGCGUGCACGUCAGCAUGGUUUCAGUAUUGCUGAAGUGCCAAUAACGUUUGUUGAUCGUGUUUAUGGAACUUCAAAGUUGGGUGGUACUGAAAUUGUACAAUUUGCUAAAAAUCUAUUAUAUUUAUUCGCUACUACAUAAAACGUACUUAUAGGACAUUUCGAUAAUGUCCUUAACUGUUAUAUAUUUUAUGUUUAUACUAUAAGUAUAUUUUUAUUAUAUGC